UAGUGACAUUCGGUGGGAAAGGCUGGGAAGCCAGCAUCAAAUAGCCCAAGCCCCUGUGCGCUGUGGAUUUAUGCUAUUCUUUCGUUACCUUUAAUUUAUUUCCCUCCGUCCAAAGAUUGCUCAGGACCUGAGCCUUUGCAGCUUCGCAUCACCUGCUUGGCACAAUGCUGGGAAAGAAUGAGCUUGGAUAAACAAGUCUUCCUUUUGGAGGAAGGCAUGGCCAGGGCUGGGCUGUAAGGAAGAAUUUUGCUCUCUCUCUCUCUUUGCUUCAAAGGAUAUCCUUUCCCUGGCACUGUGAUCUCAAGGUGGAACCACUUCUUCCCUGCUUGUAUAUGGCAAAGUUUCUUGCAGAGCUUCUGGGCUGUACAUUGUCAGUCAAACGACACUCCCCCAUGUUUGAGUCCAGAAGCCAGCCCCAUAUUAGCUUGAAGCAAAGCACCAAGCAGAAGACUACUCCUUUCACUUCUUUGACCAACGAGAAGUCCUUGUUUGACUACAAACGGGAAAGUAUGCCCCAGACGCCCCCCUUUGCCGCAAUGUUCGACAGCAGUGGCUACAACCGGAACUUGUACCAGUCAAGAGAGGACAGCUGCGAAGGAUUGUGUUACCAUGACAACAAUUUGCUGUCCGGAUCAUUGGAAGCCCUCAUCCAGCACUUAGUGCCCACCAUUGAUUACUACCCUGAUAGAACAUAUAUAUUUACCUUCCUGCUCAGCUCUCGCCUUUUUGUUCAUCCUUACGAGUUAAUGGCAAAAGUUUGCCGUCUGUGUACUGAGCAGCAGAGACUGGAUGAACCUGCUGGUGAUAAAAGCCGGUUACGUAAAAUUGCCCCCAAAAUCCUGCAGUUGUUAACGGAGUGGACAGAGACCUUUCCAUAUGAUUUUCGAGAUGAGCGAAUGAUGAGGAAUUUGAAAGACCUGGCCCACCGGAUCGCCAGUGGAGAUGAGCAGAUGUACAGGAAGAAUGUACAGCAGAUCAUCCAGAGCCUCAUUCGUAAGCUGGCUUCUCUUAGCCAGUAUGAGGAGGUGCUUGCAAAAAUCAAUGCGUCCUCGACUGACAGGCUGACAGUUCUGAAAACCAAACCUCAAGCCAUUCAGCGAGAUAUCAUCACCAUCUGCAGUGACCCCUACAUGUUAGCCCAACAGCUGACUCACAUAGAGCUAGAGAGACUUAAUUACAUUGGACCACAGGAAUUUGUCCAAGCAUUUGUACAAAAGGAUCCACUGGACAAUGAUAAGAGCUGCUAUGGUGAUCGGAAGAAGACACGGAACCUGGAAGCAUACGUGGAAUGGUUCAACAGGCUCAGCUACUUGGUUGCCACAGAAAUAUGCAUGCCUGUGAAGAAAAAACACAGAGCAAGAAUGAUCGAGUACUUCAUUGAUGUGGCCCGGGAGUGCUUUAACAUUGGAAACUUCAACUCUUUAAUGGCCAUAAUUUCUGGAAUGAAUAUGAGUCCUGUCUCCAGACUAAAGAAAACCUGGUCAAAAGUCAAGACAGCCAAGUUUGACAUUCUUGAGCAUCAAAUGGACCCUUCCAGCAACUUCUACAAUUACCGCACAGCUCUACGUGGAGCGGCUCAGAGGUCUUUAACUGCUCACAGCAACAGAGAGAAGAUUGUGAUCCCUUUCUUCAGCCUGCUCAUCAAGGACAUCUACUUCCUCAACGAAGGCUGUGCCAACCGACUGCCCAAUGGGCAUGUCAAUUUUGAAAAAUUUUGGGAACUGGCUAAACAAGUGAGCGAGUUUAUGACAUGGAAACAAGUGGAGUGCCCUUUUGAAAGAGACCGGAAAAUACUUCAAUAUCUGCUCACCGUCCCAAUCUUCAGUGAGGAUGCACUUUAUUUGGCUUCCUAUGAGAGCGAAGGGCCUGAGAACCACAUUGAAAAGGACAGAUGGAAGACUCUCAGGUCAACACUUUUGGGAAGAGUGUAACAUGACUGGGUUCUUCCUCCUGUCGCUGCCGUGUUGGCACAAGAUCUCAUUAUUCAAUGGACUUUAUCGAGGUCAUCUAUUUAUUUUCCCCUCCCUGCUUUUUGUGUACCCCUUCCCUUUUUGCACCAAGUGACGCUUUCAGCUAUAAGGACUCUGCAGCUAGUUCGAACAUGUCAGAACUUUGUACGAAGGCACAACUGCAAGCUAAUUCGAGAGUAAACAGACCAGCCUCUCAAACUGGAUGGAUGAUCAGAUUAGAUCACAAGUUUGUGAUGUGUCAUUGAUCAAAGGCAGUAAUGAAGAAACUUCUUUGAAGAUUAAACUCCUCUUUGCAUCAUUUCCAAACACCUGGAUGGACGGGGAUCCUGUGCUGCCGCCUUCUUUUAGUUUUGCCCUGCUGCUCCUUUGAUGUGUUACAACUUGCUGCUACUUGUGUACUGGAUUGUAGUGCAAACUUCCACUUCUGAGGCUGGAAUACCCGCUUUGACUCUUUCAUAUGUUGGGCCAGGAGAAGAAAACAUACCCUGCUCACAUUUCUAGGAUUUUUUUGGAUUUCUUCUUGAAAGGAAAAAAAAAGUUCACUAUGGAGUGAAAUGGGCUGCUAUGAUUUUUGUGUAUUUAUUGUGGGAAGGGGGUUAAUUAUUUUUCCUUCAGGUUUUUUUUUUGGUUGAGUUGGUUGCUGGUCAGCAAACUCAUAUGUUGUAUUAUUUGCAAAAAAAAGAAAAGAAAGAAGAAGCAAUUAAAACCAGUGCUGUGAUAGGAAAAGCAGACACUAGAAGGAUAUGUAGCAAAUGUAGCUAGGCUAUAGAAACGUCUCUGCCCCCAUUUACAGUUAUGCUGUCUUUGUUUUGCUUUUGUUUGUUUAAAAGCCACAUCUAUAUUGGAAACUUAAAUCCAGUGUGGAAUUGGUUUAAUUUCCUGGCUUUCUCUAAAUAAGCUUGGGAACCCUUUUUAUGGUAUUCAUAAAAAAGGUUCACAUUUUUGGUUUCUUUCAGUGGGAAACUAUAAUCUGAAUUCUGUAGGUUCCUCCUGACUUGAGGAGACCCAUUGAAUCAGUUGCUGAAUUAAUAGUGAAGACUUACGUAAAUCCCAUUGAUUCAAUGGGUCUAACCCUAGUUAGAAGUAUGAAUAGAAAAUAAGCCCACAAAGGGUUUGAAGCUGGAUUAAAAUUGUAGUAUAGAUAUUGCAAAAAUGUUCUUUUGGUGUUUCUCCACUAUUUCAGUAUUGGUUGAACACUUGAGGUUUUCCCUGCUUUGGACACCACAGUUUGGACUGUGGUAGAUAUGAAUAUAAAUUUUGCUUUCAUUGAGUUUUUAAAAAGCUCUCUGAAAAUAAUGGCUGUUGUAACAUAUGUGAUCCAGUAAACCUAAAUGAAAUGGUAACAUCCUAUGGACAAAAAGAAGUUUUAUUCUUCAGCUAAGCCAGGGCUGUGAAUUGAAAACAGCUGUUGCUUCCCUUUUUUGUUGUUGUUUCAAAAGUCUUUUUAAAAUAUACUAUGAAACAGGUCACAUUGUUAGGCAUCCUGUGAAACCUUUAAUAGCUCUGAAUGCGUAGACACUAUAAUUUCUCCCCCUAGGAAAGUCUAGAAAAUGAAACAGGCCCUUGAGCAUUAGGCAGCCAGUGACAAAUCAUAUUCUCAACAAAGGGAUUUGUAUGUAACCAGUGCCAAUGUUCAAAAAUGAAAAUAAAAUUCAAACAUGUAA